AUGUGCUGUGAUUUAAAAAGGAGAUUUUUGCUCCUCUAUGCAACACAAAAAGGGCAGGCAAAAGCCAUAGCCGAGGAAAUAUGGCAGCAAGCAGGGGCCCAUGGACUUGAAGCUGAUAUGCACUGUAUGAGUGAAAUGGACAAGUACGAGCUGGAAACAGAAAAGGCUCCUGUAGUCAUUGUUAUUUCCACUACUGGUACCGGAGACCCGCCAGACACUGCCCGCAAGUUUGUAAAGAAAAUUCAAGACAGGACCUUGCCACCUGAUCAUUUUGCACAUCUCCAAUAUGGAUUGCUAGGUCUAGGAGAUUCAGAGUACACGUUCUUUUGUAACGGUGGAAAGACAGUAGAUCGACGACUUCAAGAGCUUGGUGCGCAGCACUUCUAUAACACAGGAUUAGCAGAUGAUUGUGUAGGUUUGGAACUAGUGGUUGAUCCUUGGAUUGAUGGACUUUGGCUUGCCCUCAAGGAAGCAUUUCUAUUGCAGAAAGAAAAAGAAGGCAUGAGCAGUGUUGUCAAUGCUGUCUCUAGCUCUCACUCUGUAGCUCCGCAUGAACCGAGCUUAAGCUCACAAGUAGAGAACUUGAAGAUAGAAGAUGAGGAUGUGAGGAGUUCAGAUGUCCUGUCACAGAAACUGGAUGACAUCGGUCUUGCGGCUUCAACUAUAGAUACUGAACCUUCACUUGUUCAUUCUGUCCCUCCUGUUUCACAGUCUGCUCUUAAUGUUCCUGCCUUGCCACCAGAAUAUAUAGAGGUGCAGUUUCAAGACACCCAUGGUGAGAAUCCACAUCCAUCCUCACUGAUUUCAGAGGGAUCAACCUUUGAAGUGCCAGUUACAAAAGCAGUUCAGCUCACUAGAGAAGAUGCAAUAAAAACUGCAUUGCUCUUAGAGCUUGAUAUUGCAGAUACAAUCUUUGACUACCAACCUGGAGAUGCUUUCUGUGUAAUGUGUCCCAACAGUGCCAGUGAGGUGGAAGAACUUCUUCAUAUCUUGGGACUUUCUGAAAAAGGAGAGUACUUUGUUUCUGUAAAGGUUAAGCAGGGCACUAAAAAGAAAGGAGCAACUCAUCCACAACACAUUCCUGAAAGAAGCACUCUGAAAUUCAUUCUCACCUGGUGUCUGGAAAUAAGAGCCGUUCCCAAAAAGGCAUUUUUACGAGCUCUUGUCGAGUGUACCAGGGAUGCAGGAGAAAAGCGGAGGCUUCAAGAGCUUUGCAGCAGACAAGGAGCCUCUGAUUACACACGCUUUAUUAGAGAUUCUAAUGUUUGCUUGCUGGAUUUACUGCAUGCUUUUCCAAGCUGUAAACCUUCACUUAACCUGUUAAUUGAACAUCUUCCUAAAUUACAAGCCAGAUCCUAUUCAGUGUCAAGUUCAAACUUGUAUCGACCAGGAAAACUGUGUUUUGUAUUUAACAUUGUGGAGUUCCCUGUCUGUCCCACUAGACGAGUCUCACGGAAGGGAGUAUGUACAGGGUGGCUUGCUGAGUUAGUGGCACCUCUACUACACCCCAAUGAAAACGCUGUGGAUACAAAAGGAGGAAGCUUUUCAACUGAAAAGAUAACUAUUUUUGCUCGUCCAAACAAUACUUUCCACUUACCUGCAGACCCAUCUGUCCCACUCGUGAUGGUUGGUCCAGGAACAGGAAUUGCACCGUUUAUUGGUUUCCUACAACAUAGGCAAAAGCUCAGAGAAGAACAUACUGAUUGGGAGUUUGGAGAGACGUGGCUGUUUUUUGGUUGUCGGCAUCAGGAUCGAGACUAUUUGUUCAAAGAUGAGCUCAGAUGUUUUCUUGAAAACGGCACAUUAACUCAUCUUAAGGUUUGUUUCUCAAGAGACUCUUCAACUGCAGAAGUAGCCCCACCUAAAUACGUGCAAGAUGUCAUUAGGUUGUAUGCUAAGGAAGUUGCCAGAGUCCUGCUGAAAGAGAGAGGUUACUUCUAUAUAUGUGGGGAUAAGAAGCACAUGGCUGAUGAUGUAAGUGAUGCUGUAGCGGACAUUUUAAGCAUGGAAACAGAAGGUGACAAACUGGAAGCAAUGAAAAUCCUGGCUGUUCUUCGAGAAACAAAACGAUAUUUGCAGGAUGUUUGGAGCUAA